UAUUUACUUUUAUGUACGCAUGCGCGCUUUUAGAGGCAAAAAAGAUGGCUGCUCGGCUCGGCAGUCCCGUCUCCCGACGCCGGCCAUUGGUCAGCUCCGCCAGCGCAUUUUUGAUUGGUGGCGACAGACCAAGACUCGCUGUCUAUCAAAAUUGGCGGGAAACCAGCGCAGCGUAGAAUGGCAUCGGCUACUGACUCCUGCACCAGCGGCGGUUCAGCGGCUGUGCGGCUGCCGCGGUCGCCGCCGCUCAAGAACCCAGGGCCUCUUAUGUAUGAGACAAGCGCUCUCUCACCGAGCUGCACCACUAGCCCUGGAAUUUUGCCGUCUCCGAUUUCUUUCUCCAGUCAAGUUCAGCUCUCACGGGGUACCCAGGGUUGUCCCCGGGUCUCCCUGUCCCCACGAACACUACCGCAGGCUUUCCUCCUUUUCCUAGGGAAGUACGUGAUGGUGAUGGGAGUGGUGCAGGCCUGUAGCCCGGAGCCGUGCCUUCAAGCUGUGAAGAUGACAGAUCUCUCUGACAAUCCCGUCCACGCAAGCAUGUGGGAACUGGAAGUGGAAGAUUUACACAGGAGCAUUCCUUAGGUGACGCCGGCGCCUGCAUUACAAACAGCCUUCACCCCGUAACGAUCUCAGCUCUGACUGUGGGUUUCGUGGACAACACUUACGUCUAGUUUAUUGACACUGUCUAUUUCUCUAGAGAUUCUCAGAGAGUACUACUUGGGUUGGGUGCAGGGAUUUUUAAGAGUUAGGAGGCUCCGCUGCCCCUUGCUUUGGCUGUUUGUUGAUGAAAAGCAGAUGCUAGGAUUGCAAGUGUGCAUGCACCACCAUGCCCGGGAUGUUCGGCUCUCCCUCUGCUUCAGGUCCCACCUGGAUAUUUAGGGUCCAUUUCGGUUAGCUACCUUCCUUCAUGGGGUCGGCGGCAGUUUUAGAUGUUGUCAGAAUUCCUCUUUGAAAUUAGAACACCGAGACUGAGAACAACUUUCGUUAUUUUACCUAAACUUCUGUUUCGUAACUUUGUUGCGACACAGCGAGGAAGCAAUCUCCUGGUUUACAGCUCUUCUGUCUUUUUGUAUGGAAUGAAUUGUGUUCCGAUUGCACUGAGUGUUGGAUUUCUGCUCCUUGCUUCUAUAUUGCACACGCUGGAUUUGUCUUUAGCUUAUAAACACCAAGGAAGCCAUAUCAUAUUACAAUAUUGCAGUAGAAUUUUGCCCGAACCAUUGAUAUUGUACUACUAAAUUUUUAUGUGCUGUAUUUUUUAAAAAAAUAAACUAUUUUUAAAAGCGGUUUUGGGUUUGCAGAAAAAUCAAGCAGAAAGUAUAUAUAUAUAUGGUUCCAUGUGCCCCACACUCUCCUCCUUCCCAGCCUCUAUUACUAACAUCUGUAAUUAGUGCGAUACGUUUGGGUCCAUUGGUGGGCAUUUGAUUACAUUGUUACAUUGACAUAUUCUUAUUGGCCAGCCUUUACACUAGGGUUGUCGCUGUGUGCUGCAUUCUGUGGGUUUCGCAAAUGCAUAAUGCCGUGGAUCAAUCACAUAAAAACCCUCCCAGUUCAUUCCCUCUGUUCAUCACCCUCUCUUUCCUGGUUUGCCUUUUGCAGAGUAUCAUCUGGUUGGUUCAUGUAGUACGUAGCUUUUACAGCCUGCCUACUUUCACUUAGUAUGCAUUUAAAGUUCCUCCGUGUCUUUUUGCAGCUUGGUAGCUCAUUUCUGUCACCAAAAUGAUGCUCCGUUAUAUGCAUGUACACUUCGUUCAUCCAGUCUCCCUGUGGAAGGACAUCUGGUUUAGAUCCCGGUCUUUGAGAAUCAUGAAGGGAGCUGUUGUACAGUUUUGUGUGGACAGAAGUUUUCUCCUCCCCCGGGUGAGUGCCUCUGGGUUCCACAGCUGGCUCAGGGGGCGGGUCUGCAGCUGGCCUUCUAAGAUGGCGCCGGACUGUCUCCCAAACUGGCUGUAUUUAUGUGCACUGCCACCAGCAGUGUAUGAGAAUCCUUCAUCAGCAUUUGUCAAUGUUAAUGUUUUAGAUUUUCUGUGUUUUAAAAACCAUCAGUGUUUUAAAGGUAGGGCAAAGUGGAAAGUGCAUUGUUUACUGACCUGCGCUUGUUGACUGGUGGAAGCUUGUGUCAAGCUGGUUUAUGUCACAGUGUGGAGAUUUUCCAAGCAAUACCGCUGCACAUGAACGCAUGUUUUGGAGCCCUGUAGAUCUGAAUUUGAACCCUUCAUCUGUUGCUAAAUUUGCUGUG